AUGCGCGCCUCAAUAUUGCGACGAGCACAGUCUGUGUCAAAGGCGCCUCUCAACCUCACUGAGGCGAGUGCCAUGCUUUACCCACCCAUUCCCCUAUAUAGACGACUGCUACGAUCCCAUCGAAAUCUGCCCAUGGAUAUGCGUCGACUGGGCGAUGACUAUGUAAAAUCAGAAUUCCGGCGACAUAAGGAGGUCACAAACCCGGUGCACAUCAUGGGAUUCCUGUCGCAAUGGAAGAUGUAUCUUGAUCAACUACCUCAGAACCCAGAUACUGUAUUCGAUGGAAAGAAGCUGGAUCCUACUGUCUUCGAAAAGAUGUCACCGGAGCAGCUAGGGCAGCUGUACGAGCUUAUGCAUGCCGCAAAAGAUGUUUGGACCCCUGUGCAAUCCGAGAUAGAGCGCGAAGAAAAGUCGUAG